AAUUCACAGUCAGCUCGAAAGACAACAGCGUGUGAUGCUGCGGAUAUCAUACCGUGGUGUUUGCAGUAAGGUGGUUGUGGUUGGAUGAGGUGUGGCACAGAGCCGUGCAGGUGUUCAGCAGAGGAGACACAGCACAGCCCCGGCACUGCCAGCUGUUACUCACAGGAGAAACCUCCCAGGCACCUCCGGAGACUAAGACGAAGAUGAACUGGGGCUUUCUGGAAAACAUCCUCACUGGGGUGAACAAGUACUCUACUGUGAUUGGGCGCAUCUGGCUCUCUGUGGUCUUUCUCUUCAGGAUCCUGGUGUAUGUGGCGGCAGCCGAGCAGGUGUGGAAGGACGAGCAGAAGGAUUUUGUGUGCAACACCAGGCAGCCCGGUUGUGAGAACGCAUGCUUCGACCACUUCUUCCCCAUCUCGCAGGCGCGUCUCUGGGCUCUGCAGCUCAUCAUGGUAUCCACCCCAUCCCUGUUGGUGGCUCUGCAUGUGGCCUACAGGGAGCACCGGGAGGCCAAACACAAGCGAAGAUUGUACAAGGACAAAGGAAGCAUUGAUGGUGGUCUGUUCUGCACCUACACCAUCAGCCUUGUCUUCAAGACAGCCUUUGAGGUGGGCUCCCUACUCGCUUUCUACUUCCUGUACAAUGGCUUUGAGGUGCCCAUACUGCUCCGCUGUAGCCAGAAUCCCUGUCCCAACACGGUGGAUUGUUACAUUUCCAAAGCCACAGAGAAGAAGAUCUUCCUCUACAUCAUGGGCUGCACCUCCAUUCUGUGUAUCACUCUGAAUUUUGUGGAGCUUAUGUACAUUGUGUGGAAGCAGUUGUGUAAAUGUUUCACCAGGCGGUACAUCCACAUGGAAGAAAAGGCUUUCAGCCACUGCCGGCCACCUGUUUCCAUUGUCAACAAGUUUGCCUCGAAUGAGCUCAUCGUAGACACAGAAGACAGCACAAAACAGCCUGCAUCCACAGCUGAAAACCAGCCAGUCCAGUCCUCGAGGGCUGGGACUGACUGAACACUCAUGCUCCCAGUGAAACCACAGUGAAACUUACCUGCUUACCUGACAAACUGGCAUGGACAGUGCUGACAAGUGGCAGUUUGUACAACUUCAACGGUAUAAUUGGGCCUAAAUAGAGAAAAGCUAUGGUGAGUGUCACAUUAUUUAUUAGGUGACUUUACUUACAGACAGUAAAUACCAGUUAAAUCGUUAAGGAAAUGUAUGUAAUUACACUUUGAUUUUUUAACUCCUGACUGGACAAAAUCUGUAGUUAAAGAAUCAGUUCCACAUUGCUCCAUUUCAACUUUAAUAGUUGUAACUCAAAUUCAACACCUCUCCCUAUUGGUUAAUCUGACAUUCUGCCAAUUUUACACAUGAAGAUCCUUUUACUCAUUAUCAUAAGCACACACUAUUUAGCCUGUGAAAACAUUUGUAUGUCUUCUGAUGCUUAAGUAGCAUAAAUACUUAAAGACUUGUCCCUAUUUUAAACAUGACCUUUCUGUUUCAGCAGUGCUUAAUGCUCCAUGUGAUCCGUCUUGUGGGUGCACAGGUCAAGUAUUUAACAUCAAAAAAGUCACGUGACCUGGGAAGACAUAGGACGUACCGUACAUAAGCCCACGUCAUCAUGAAAGAUGUCCCUUGUAGCUUUUCACUGGUAAUCCAUGAAUGCAGAAUGCAUCAAAGAAAGCCUAUAGUGCUUAGUUUUAGUACAGUUUCAUCCCCCAAGGGCUGCGAUCACAGCUACACUCCUAACUCUUAGCUGUCUGACCUGAUGCUGUUUUCACCUAUUAGGCUUUUGAGUGUUAAGUGUCUCUCUUUGUUAGCUUUAGGAGAAGUUUUGUUUUUUUAUAGGGGCCUGUUUUCCGAUCUCCUGUGAAGUUUUUUAUUGCUGUGUUCAGUGUUUGCCCUUGCAGUGAUCAAGGUGCUGGCUGUUUAUUUUCCUGGUAGUGUUUUUUAGCUUUAGUUCAUAUAUUCCUCCCUGAUGAGUGCUUUCACUUGUUAAAGCGUGUACCCCCUUAGUUUUGAUAAAAAGAGAGUGGGUAAAGCUUCUUUUGUUGUGAUUGCUGUAUGGUGUUCUGUUGCUGUACGUUAAAGAAGCAGCUUAUUCGCCCCCUAUUUUGUAAGUUAGCAGUACUAGUUUACUUGGGCCUUGUUUUGAUUUGAGUUUCAGAAAGUAAUCCUGGUUCCUGAUCUCUCUUAGUUAGGAGGCUUCUGCUCCUGAGCAAAUUGUUGUCUUGGGUGAACUGGAUUGGUUCGCAAUUUAAGUCGACACAUUAGCGUCAGAGUUUGCGGAGAUUAAAGAUUUACUCCUCAGCCUUCAGUCAGGCAAGAGGGCUGUGGCCAGGGUGGACAGGGCUAGGGCCCCUACCCCACCAGAAUGGAAUGAGGAUGCCCUGUCUACGAGGGCAUCCAGGGUAGUCUCAGCAGCUGCUUCAGGCACAAUUAAGCCAGUGUCCUUACGACGCUGGCAUUUUUUUCAUCUUAAGAGUCUUAACACACCCCGCCCCCCCUUCUACCAGAGCCUCAGUGAUGGCAUGUCUGUAGGCAUUUAACAGGAACAACAGGAGGUUGAAGUAUGGCCUUUUUCUUACGCUGUUGGGUAUGUUGACAUCAGCGGCAUCAAUAGUGCAGAUGGUGAUGAUGGUACUCAGUACUCAAACCCUCUUACCAUCAGAAAUGGGUUGUCACAGAGGUCUAUCCUUUGUCCUUUUACAGUUUACACUAUGCAUAAAUGACAUAAUUCUUCCAAAUCAGUACAUCAAUGCCCAUUUUCUGCUGCUGAUGCUAAUUUAUAUGCCCCAGACUCCACACCAGCCUAGGCCCUGACUCUGUGUUAGUCUGCCUUUGAUGCUUUCCAAUUAUUACUCCUUAAUCACAGACUAGUUUUAAAUGCAGAUAAAACCAAGGUCAUGGUAUUCUUUUCACCUCUGCCGGUGACUCUGACUGUCCUGCCAUUAAAACUGAAUCCUAAAUACUUAGGAGGUUUCAAAGUUCAUAUUCAACAUCUGAUUCAAGAAAUAAAAAUCAAACUUGGCUUCUUGUGUACAAUUAAAGGAAGUCUGUCUUCUUCCAACUGCAAAACUGUUGUGCAGUCAGCCUUCAUGCCUGUCCUUGACUAUGUAGAUGCUCUGUAUUGUCAUGCUGCCCCGUCAGCAAUUCAGCUGUUAAAACCUUCUGUAUCAUUGUGCUUUACCCUGUCUCACAAAUUUCAUGCUUAUCAUUGCUUCCUCCAUCGUACACUUGGAUGAACUUCUUUACAGUCAAGAUGAAACAGCCAUUUUGUGUAUUUCAUCUUCACCUUUAAACCUCUACUGUUGAAGCACAAUCCUUUUCACUUAAAUCUAUACAGCACAUCAUCCGGUGUACUCUAAAUCAUUGAUAUCCAAAUAUCCUUUAUGUACACUCUAAUGCCUAGCAGAACUGGUUUCAGGUACUAUGCACUUUUUAAAUGGAACGGACUGCAAACUGCCCUCAAACUAGAUUCCUACAUUACCCAUGGAGAUUUUAAAGCUGUAUUAUCUAAUGUUUCUUUUAUGAGUCUUGUAACUGAUUUUAUUAAUUCCUUGGUUAUUGUGUAGCUGUGUUGUUUCUGUUUGCCCAUUGUGUUCUCGUGAAUGUUUGUUGUUCUCAGGUCUCUCUUGGAGAAGACUGCCUAAAACAAAAUCUUAAACACUCAACCAGCACAUGUGUGACAUGGAUAAGAUCCAACUGUUUUUCCCAUAUGUGUAUAUAUGUAAAUGUAUAACAUAUAAAAUAUAUAAAUACAAGAGAUAAUUCUGGCUUGUAUGGACAUUAUACAUAGCAUUUAACAUAGCUGUAAUGUCACUAGUUUUAUUUUAACCCUCGUAUUGUCUUCCCAUCUACUAUAUGAUAUGCAAACACUUGAAAACGGGUCAAAAUUGACCCGAAGACAAUAGGAGGGUUAAGUUUCGUGUUGACUCAAAUAAAGUCUAUUAUUGUACACUGUUGUUCACAAGCAUUAUUUGACUUAUCAAAAUUAACCAUAUAGCCAAAUAUAAGGCCGAAUUCUGUGAUACAUUUGGUCAAAAAUGUAAUGGGGUCUGUCGGUGUCAAAAAGAUAUCAUAAGUGUACAGUAAAAUCUUUUGUUGUUUUUGUCCCACAAUAUUUGGGUUUCGUCUGACAGCCAUCACUGAAGGCUCAAUAGACACAGCCAAUAGACAAGAGACAGUGGGCUUCCUUGAGCCGUGCCUCCUCUCAAUUUAAAGGGAGCAGGUAGCAGACAAUUUGCUAGAACCGAGGAUGUAGGUGCUUUAUAUAAAAGUUUAAUCAACCCCAGAAAAUUUGACUGAAAGCCAGAUGUCAUUACUUCACACAUAUAUUCCCAUUAAAGUAUGUCAAAUGCCUUUUCAACAUCCAUAGGAAUGAUAGAUGCUAACGUCAAAUAUUUGUGGGAGCUUUCCAAACCAAAUCUUAUUUUGUUGGACAUCAGUGCUUUUGUAUCCAGUUCUCAGAUGCAUUUAGAGAUAAAUAUGCAGCUCUCAGUAGAUAUCUCUUCUAAACUGUCAAUCAG